CACAAUGCCUACCCAUGAUGCCUCCUAGUGCAAUACUCUCCCACAAGGAAAAACUGCCCUCUGGCCCCACAUGGCAAUCACCUCUGGCUCAUUGUUAUCCCCGUUUUAUUGGAGUUCUCCUAUAACCCUGCUGCUUUCUCUGUGUGUGGCAGGCUUCCCCGAGGAAGACGAGGCACAGGGACAAAAGGAAGAAACCGAAAGGUUUUGGACGCUGUGAGGAAGGGUUGGAGGAGACUUGUGCACCCCUAGAGACAUGCUGCCUCAUGCACCUGGAGCAGCUCCCCUGGGCUCACCGCCUCAGGAUCGUUGAGAGGAAUAUUCAGUACCUGGCCAGACACCUGGAUGAAGUUCUGAUACCGCCGAGUGUGACGACAUCUGCGGUGAGCCAGUUCUCCUAUUUGUCUAUGGAAUGCAACCCCUCUUCCCUCUGGAGUCACAGCUCCUUUUCCCUGGGAGAAGCCUCCGUGACUCAGUCAGAGCCCCUCUGCCGCACAAGGGAGAUCGUGCCUGUCGCGGGCUGGGAAGGAUCCACUCAUCCCAUCGAAGCCCAGCCUCUCCCCAGCCCUCCUGUCCACAGCAGACGAGACCGGCGAGAGCAGAUCACGGGUCUGGACCAGACGUCAGCCCAUGGCUCAGACUUCAACAUCCGACAGAAGCUUUUGGAGAGCCAACUGGGGGCACCUACCCUCUGCACUGAGUCGCUGGCCAAGGUGAUCCCUAACGCCCCUGCUCUGCGCCCACCGGACAGAGACCCCAGGGCGAAGCGCAACGUGAGCAGGGGCCCUUUCCUAAGCGAUGAAGUCCGGGAGGACCUGGACUGUCACGUGCACUCAAAGAGACUCCAGCACGAGCAGGGCUUACCCCUCACCCCCCAGAAACCCCACACGGCUCUUCUGCCUCCAGCUCCACAAACAAAACCCCUGAGAUCCAACACCAGCCCUCAGCGUGCCCAGGAGAUCCAGGAACCAUGUGUCUGCCCCUCGCGAUCCCUGCCCCAAAAGGCCCACAGGAUCAUGGCAUCCCCUGGUGCCAUCCUGCCCAGGCUUGUGCCCACGGCGGUGGUCAAGCUGCAGGAGCACGUGGCUCAGAAAUGCUCGGAGAUCCAAAUGAAGGCGUUUCCUAAGAUGGUGGGAGAGUCGCACAGAAAUGCUCCCCUCCUGAGAGAGACUGCCCUGCCUGGGCCACUCCGCCCCCCUGGGGAGCCAGGCAAGCCCAGGACAGCGGCAUUGCCAACGAUGGGACAACAGCCUGCCCACCCCAUCGCACUCCACAUAAGGCGUAAGCAUCUCAUCAUGCAGCGGGGGCUGCUCACCCUGGACCCAGAGCCCCCGGCAAAGCUGCCUCACACCGUCCCAGCCAGGGGAGCUGGGGUGCAGUUCAGUGAGAUGGAGACUGAUUUCCUGCUCGAUGAGGUCAGGGAGAACUGGGACUGGCACAUGCAGCGGAAGAAGCUGCAGCAGGAGUGGGGUUUGCCGGAUGCCCUGCGGAAAUCCCUGCGGGCUUUCCUACCCCCGGUUCCCAAGCUGUCCUCCCUGAAGGCAAAGCCCGAGGUUGAGGUGGUUCCCAUCCUUGGGGAGCCGCUUUUCCUUGGGAGGGACGUUAAAAAGCAGCUGGAGUUCCACAUUACAAAGAUUCAAGUGCAGCAAAGAUGGGAACUGCCCAUGAGGAUCCAGGAUUCCCUGAGGAGGUUCAUGUCUCCUUCCCCAGAGGAGAGAGGCCGGCUCUCUCACCCUACAUGCGGGGGCAUCGUGACUCCGUACCGGUCAAUGUUUCAGGUGCGUUCCAAGGAGGCUCGGCCUAUUCAGUUGCCUCUAAGGGCCCCUAGUCAGAAGUGGCUGGAGGAUGUACAUGCCCUACCCACUGACAGAAGGCAGCAAAUGGCCAGGGCUUACUCCUGGAAGCAUCCUGGGGCAGCAGCUUCGAAAGGGAAAGAAACCCCAGACCAUGGCAGCGCAUCACAGACAGGGAAGCAAAGCACAAGCUCCUCUUGUUCCACACGUCCUCCAACGCCAGUGGAAGAUACCACCAUGGAGACGGGCAGGAGUGAGGGCGCGGCAGGAAACCAGGCUAACCCAGAUCGCUGCACUCUGCCAGCAGGGGUGGAUCUGACAUCGCCACCUCCAGGAACCGCAAUAACAGAGAAGACGCUUGCAGCGACACUCCACAUUUAUAGGAGCGAGUUGAGAAAGCCCCUUACCAGUGUGAGCGGCACCGAAGGGACAGAAGAGAUGCUAGAGCUGCACAUGGAGAGGAAGGUUAUCUCGGGAGAAGGCUCCUGCCUGAGGCCAGGGGCACAGGCAGGUGAGGGCAGGGCAGAUCUUCCCAGGACCGAAUGCCACCAGGUUGCCCCAGAGGCACCAGGCUCUGGGCAGCUGACAAGAUCCAUCCUUGACUCUCUCAUUGCUGGGCAGGCUGCGCACGACCAGCAGAUCAAGCACCUGAUGGAAAUGUUGAGCAGCUCCCGCCCCUUGGCGGGCCAGGUCUCAGUCUGCCAGCUGUGCCGCAAGGCACAUCCAGGAAAGAUGAAGGGUCAGAAAACUCAGGAGGAGACACAAGGAUCUGCUGAGCUGCAUGGUCUUCGAGACAUCACGGCUCCACACGGGUUCGAUGGAACUGUGAAUUCAAAGCUCUCCAGGGACCAGCCACCAGUCAGAGUCUGCAAGAAAUGCAAUAAGGUUCGACAGAAGAGACCUGCUGGCUCUGCAGGUGCUGACUUGCCCAGAAGAUCCCAUGGAAUUCCACAGCGAUGGACUCCAGGAGACUCCUCAGCGUCAUCCAACCAAAACAAGAUGCCAGUGGUGUGGCUCCUUCUGGAAGACAGGAGCAAGACGCAGGAUGGAAUGGGGAAAACGGCCUCCACCAAGCAACCACAGAUGGUGUCCAUUGCUACGAGUACAACAGGGCUUUCGCAAGCCGGGGAGAAAACAACUGAGAGUCCUGACGGUUCUCCUCCAAAGCCAGCAAAGGCUUCCAGAGCUCGGACACCAUCCCCUUCAAGGAGCAAAGUUCCAGUUCUCAAACGGAUCUUAAUGUGCCUCAAGAAAACCUUCUCCGAGCUAAAAAACAAAGCGAAGUCCCAAAUGUCCAAGGACUCUCAUUCAAGAAGAUCUGAUACUAAAUUUACAAAGCCACCCUUUUGGAAGGCAAGGGCCUCCAAGGGUGUUUGGUAGUAGUAUAAAGCCCUACCGUCAACCCCACCCCUUGACCCUUUAAGCCCUGACCACCUGUCACCGGAAG